UAUAUGGCGGUUUAAUUUGGUUAUUUGGCAUUAUUUACAUCGUUUAUAUGAAGUUUCAAGCAAAAGAUUCGCAGACGGAACUAUUAAUGGUGUUUCCCGAAGCGCCGCGGACGACCUUUGCUGCGACACCGCGACUCGUGCGUUCCUGCUGGAAUAAACGCUAGAAACUCGGACAAAAGAAAACAGUAGUUGAAAACAACGCGGGGCAUGUCGUGUUUGGGAUCGGCCUGAGCUGUGCUCCAUGACAGAAGCCGUGUUUCAGGCGCCUAAACGGCGGACGAAGGUGCACGAGCGGUUUGAAGCUCCGCUGCCGGUGUCUCUGGAUGAAGGGCACGUCGUCUUCAGAGCAGAAAUCCUCGCGCAUCAUGUCAUAGUCACAGAUCCUGCUCACAUACUGCUUCUCUAUCAGAGGGGCUUCUUCGGUAAAGGAGUGUUCUCCAGGUCCAGACCCGAGCACGUGAUCUCUCCCCGGUGGAAGUACGCUGGAGACAGAUGUGUGCCUGUCAUCUCCUCAAAAGAGUACCAGAAGCGUCUCGGCUGGGCGCGAGCGGCUCUUCAGACGCAGGGCCUGGAGGACGAGUCCGUCGCCCGAGCCUUAGAGACGCUCGCUAAACCAGUGGAGCUGAGCUCUGAGGGCCGGGCGCCUGAGCAGAGCGGGGCCGGCUCUGAUCCUGGAGAAGAGGAGGUGAGGACACCCGAGGAAGACGCUUCUCACUAUGUCCUGGUGGAGCUCUCUGAAGACGAGGAGCGGAGCAGGUCGGAGCUCAGAAUAAACCCUUUCACCCUGAUGGAGUAUCUGCAGCUGAGUUAUGAAGAAGCCUUCUUUCUGGUGUACGCUCUCGGCUGUUUGUCGGUGUGUUACGGCGGGGAAGCCCUGUCGGUCACGCAGGUUUGGACCAUGUUUCGCUCGCUGCAGCCCAACUUCUCCAGCUCCUACGCGGCCUAUCACUACUUCCGCAGUAAAGGCUGGGUGCCCAAGUCUGGCAUUAAAUACGGAACGGACUUGAUGCUCUACCGGAAAGGACCGCCGUUUUAUCAUGCAAGUUACUCGGUGGUGGUGGACCGGUGUGACGAGUCUCUGCGGCCCUUCAGCUGGAAAUCCCUGGCUGCUCUCUGCAGAAUCACCGGAAACGUCUCGAAGGAGCUGAUGCUGUGUUCGGUCCUCACUCCGUCAGACGUGACCGAGGACCUGCUGUCGUCUCCGGAGUGUCUGAAGCGUUUCUCCGUGCAGGAGGUCAUCGUGAGCAGAUGGGUCUCCUCGAGAGAACGAACCGAGCAGGAGGAAAUCUAACAUUCCUUUUCCAUGUUUAUUUUGCUUCACAAGAUUGAGCUGCUAUUUAUUUUUCCUUGCUAAUGUUCGAAGAGUGCACGCAAAGAGCCAAAGAGUGUUCAGUAAUAAAGACACACACACGAGAGAAGAGCGGUGUUGUGUUUUCUCACGAACCGUCGAGUCAUUGUGAAGAAAACGGGGCUAAAUCAUAUUCUGCAUUUUUAUGGAAACAGGGUUUCUUAAUAAAACGGGCUUGACUUUCUAACACUA